UUACUUCUCCGCUAGGUGGCACAUUAGUUGUCGGUGUAAGGGUGUCUUGCUACCCCAAUUAUUGUUCCCUGUUGCUUGACCUGCUGAGGGUCGCAUGUAAGAAGUGCCUUUCCUUGGAACAUGUUAAGCACUGUUGUAAGGAAUCUGGCAAGACAAUCUAGACUCACCAACGUUCGUACCACUGUCAAGAACCUUACUGCUGUCACACUCACAUUAAGAAUUUUGAUGUCAAAGGAGAUGUCAAGUGGCAGUAGUGGUGGGGAUGAGGUGUCUAAGGCUCAGACAGCCCAACCUUCGGCACAGCCUACUAUUUUCUCCAAGAUUAUUGAUAAAACCAUACCGGCAGAUAUUUUGUAUGAAGACGACCAGUGCCUUGCCUUCAGCGAUGUCUCUCCUGAGGCCCCAGUCCAUUUCCUCGUCAUUCCCAAGAAACCAUUGACUGGGGUCGGCGCUGCCGGUCCUGAAGAUCAAAUGCUUCUUGGCCACCUGCUACUUGUAGCCAAAAAAGUGGCAGAUCAGAAAAAGCUGGAGAAAGGGUACAGAAUUGUGAUAAACAACGGUCCAGAUGGCGCCCAGUCUGUAUACCACCUACACCUCCACAUUAUGGGGGGCCGACAGAUGACCUGGCCACCAGGAUAAAUAUAUCUUAUCUGUGUUAUAUUGUGAUAGAGCAGAUAUUAUUAUGCAGAUCACAAAUAUACAAGUAAUUGACUGAAAUUUCUGUGUGUUAAGUGUGUACAAUGAAUGGCCAAGCUUGAUUGUUGAUUUUUGAUAUUCAUGUAACUUUAAGCCAUUUAUCCAAAUAGAGCAUGUACUGUGCCAUACUAGGUUUAUUGUUUACUGAUAGUUUAGCUCUACAAGUUGUAUUCAUGGUACUGUGUGCUAAGCCAUUAAAUUAUAAACCCAC